GGAAACCCGACAAUAGCCGCCUUAGCUACGGGCCUAUUGUCUGCUAAGUGAGCGAAGCGACGGCUAAUCCAUACGAAGUGAUACUCGAAACGUGUUUUUUGUUUGGAUCUGUAUUUCUCACGCAGACGAGUAUUUAUAAGUGAAGGCAACGGUAACGUAUCACCAUGAGUGCCAUUAUCUACCCUCCUGCACCGUUGUCACGGCAACAGGAGAAGGCAGAGCUUUCUGAACUUAACGACCGGAUGCAGAACUACCUGGGGAAAGUGAAGAAGAUUCGUGAACAAGCAAAUAAGGUUGAUUCUUCAGCGUUGCUAAACUCUAUCAGGGUACUGGAAGAUGAGGUGUCUUCACUCAAGAACAUGUACGACAUGGAACUGAACAGCCUUCGGAGACAGCUGGAGGAUACGACCACACUGAAGAACAAUGCAGAGACGCAGGCACAGAGGAAUGGUGCGCUUGCUACCGAUCUACAGGAUAGGUUGUCCGUCGAGCACCAUCGCAACAAGGCAUUGGACGGCGAGAUCGACAAUCUUCAACGUCUGUGUGCGCAGAGGGACAUGGACUUCCAGCAGGCCAAGGGAAAGGCAGAGGAGUUGGGAAGGAGAGUGAGGGAUUUAGAAGAUGAUUUAGGAGCAGCUCAGCGAAAAAGCGAAGAUACACUCAGAGGAUUGGACAGAGAGACUGUGGCAAGACAAGAAGCCCAGGAUGCAAGACACAACCUUCAGAAGAAACUAGACUUUCAAGAACAACUGCAUAAUGAACAAACUAUUGAAUGGCGAAACAGACUAGAGGAUGAGGCUAAUAGGAUUCUCCAGCUUGAAGGUAAAGUCCGAGAGCUCAGCCGUCCUGAUAACACGCUGCAAGAGGUCUUAGCCCAAGUGAGGGCAGCAGCCGCGGCAGAGCUGCAGAAAUACAAGGAACAAUCGGAAGCAACAUUCCAUAGAAAUAUCCAGCAAUUGAAGAAUAAGAUUGAUACUGAUGCUACAGAGAUGGAAUAUAUGAACAAUGAGAACAAGAGAUUAGGAACAAAGCUUGAGGAGCAACAGUGUGAUCUAACUAGGCUCAACAAUCAGCUCACCGCAGCUGAGAGUGCCAACCGCAACCUGCGAGACACAGUAUCAAUAGAGCGGGAAAAGACGUCUGCUCACAUCCGCAACCUGGAAGACAAACUCCGAGAUAUGCAGGAGGCCCUCGUGGAGAAGAUGAGGGAGAUCACCAAGGCAACGGAUGCUAAGCAACCAAUGAGGGUGGAGCUUGAAGCUCUUAAGGGAAUGCUGUUGGAAGAGGAAAGAAAGUUAGCAAACAUACCAGGACCAUUAAUACUACCAGCGAGACCAGUCACUCUCCCUAGCCCACCCCUUCACCAUCGGCCUGCAACCGUUGAUCCUUCGGCAUCGUACAUCAGGAGUACUAGCCCACGAAGUGCAAGACCAGCCUCUGUUCCAGUCCUAUCCACCAUGGGCCAGGGCAAGGACUACUUUGAUGCUAUGUUUGGGGACCUGACCCAGAGGAAGACCAUUGGACCUAUUAUCAAGGCCAGGACCGGACCACCUAGCCCCACCCCGAUCUCUCAUGACUACACAACUGCAACAUCAAGUGCGGUCAGCUCCCUGAAGAUUCUUGAGAUCAACGAAGACGGCAAGUUUGUGCGACUCUUCAACGCUUCGGGGAACGAGGACGUGGAGGUCGGUGGCUUCCUCAUCCAGCAGAAUAUCGGAGGUCAUCCCGUCGCCGUGUUCCGCUUCCCUCCCAGGACACGAUUUAGGCCAGGAUCUGUAAUAACGGUUUGGGCAGCAUCCAGCCGAGCCCACCACAAUCCACCUACAGACUUUCUCUGGAGGGAACAGCAUAAAUGGGGGACCGGACCAGAAUGCACCUCUAUACUGUGUAAACCUAAUGGACAGGCUAUCGCAUGGACCACUGCUGCCCAUCGCUUUACAAAGACUGCCCAAUGCUACGACGGUGAUACGGAUAGUUCGGCAGGUCAUGACAUCUUGGACCUAGAGUACGAGGGAGGCGCGUCCAAUCCUCAUCCUCAAUUUGAGGUGGAGAUCGACGGCAAACCUGCCACGGUCCUGAAAAGGGAAAAGCAGGAGCCCCCUUCCCUCUCCCCAGCCAAGCACCCCCAUGGGAACUACAGCGGGGAGGCGGCUCACCCCUCAACCAGACAGCCUAGGGUACUCACCAACGGCAAUGAUAACAGCAGCACAUGCAGACAGACCAGGUCCCAGAACUCCAAGCCUGUACCAGAUCCUGUUCCUGGUGAGCUGUAUUCAGGUUCCGGGGCCCCAGGUAGCCGAAUGGGAUCUGCAGCACUGAGGAAGUCUGCCCCGUCAUCUGCAAGUAGCUCAAGGGGUGGUGGAAGCAUCCGAUACAGCUCUCAGCCAAGCCCCUUCGCGUCACCUCACCAACAGUACCACUCCCAACUUGGACAAUUGGAUGGGGGGCAGAAAGUCAGCUUCAAGCCCCCCAUGCCACGCCCACCUGUCAUCUCAUCUUGGUGAGAUAUAGGCCACACCCACUUUCUCAGUGACCAUGAGCCACACCUAUCCAUAUCAAAUGUUGGUGAGAUGGAGUCCACUCCCUAUUUUCCCCCAACCAUAUAUACUACACCCACGUGUUGCUACGUCUUGGCGAGAAGUCAUUCAUCCCCCCUAGCAAUGAUGUGCUCUUCACUUUUAAAGUUUUUUGAGUACCCUCCCUUAAUAGUGCCAUAAUAUCUUUCUUGACUUGCUCCCCUGUGCAUUCUUUCCUGUCUGGAAGUUACAUUUUAUUUGAGCUUCAUUUGUCUUGAAUGAAACGGCCAAAUGUUUUCACAUUUUGGUGAGAUACAGUCCUCUCUUAUUUCGUCUGCCAAACAGCAACACCAUGCCAUUAUUCUAUUUGUCGGUUGUAAACUAUUAAGCUAUUGCUCUGUCCGUUAAACUAGCUUGAGCUUCAGUUGAUUCCCUUUUGUUGAUGAGAGCACAAAAUACCCUCUCAGCGUUCCCCCUUUUACAUCCCACAUCUAAAUCUUGAACAGAUCAGAGAACUAUCAAACAGUAGAGGCUGAAGUUUACUCAAGAAAAAUACCUGCAAUCACAAAGGAGAGUUGUGUUCUGUAUUUGACCUUCAAAGAAAUAUCUUGAGACUAAAAGAGACAGAGGAAAUGAAAAAAAUUUGGUUGCAUAUUCUUCAAAGCGUCAUAUUGUACUUUUCCAACCAAAACUACUGAAGUCUUUUACUCUUUUGAAUUGUACAUUUAUCUUUAUCUAUACUACCUGAAAUCGUAUCGUUCAUUUUCUUAGACAUUUACUGACGUUAGAACAAAAUGUGUGCAACUAUAUCUUAUUCCGUCCACGACUUAGUUUUCUAUGAUCAAAUCAUGUUAUUUAUUUAUAUGCUGAUGUUUUAAUACUCUUUAAUGGAUUAAUAUGUAAAUAUAAAAAAAAAUAAUUAUAGAUAGAAAUUAAAAAAGAUGCAUGAAUCCUUUUAAAUCUGUGAUCGUCUUUCAGCUUUAUACACUAUGCAAAAAUUGAAUCUAAUUAUGCAAGCUAACUCUGAAGUAUUAUACGUUUAUGAAGAUGUAGAAUUUGAUACUUUCCACUUCAUUUAUUCUUCCAAUUAUUUAAUCUACAUUAUGACGUUGUUACAUUUUCCUGAGGCUUAUACAUGUAUGCUAAAAAUUAAUGCGAAUUCAAAAUUAUUACUGUUGGAAAGAAAUGGAGCGGUAGAUACAAAGAUAUUCCUAAUGAUCUGUGCUGUAUAUAUGUUUUUAUCAUUAACUUUGGAUUCUAUGCUGUGGCGAUUAUGCUGCAUUCUGAUGUAAAAUAUAAAUGUAGUUUAUCAAAUAUUAGUAAAUUACUUAGUAUAUUAUAUUUUUGUGCCAUCACUAGUACAAAUGCGAAUUGAAUAGUAUAUU